AUGAACGGUGCAGAUCGAUUGGAAAGGCGGAAGAGUCUGAAGGAACGGCUGGGAUUGACCGGCAUAUGUUUCGGGGCCUCAUGGGGGCCAGUCUCAAUACACGUCAGAGACGACGAAGACCCGGAAAUUCCGCCGCCGCCUUCCCGUGUCGAGGCGGGCGACCUGGGCCAGGUUCCUGUGGCAUCAGGAGUGAACCUCGCCGCAGCGCUGGCGUCAGAGAGGAACUACCUUCCGGCGACUGAUGCUUCCGUCGCCGGAGAUAUCACGGUGGGGUCCAUGAACGACCGGAGAGGGGAUGUAGUUGCUGGAACGGCGCCGCAGACGCCGUCUAGGGUGUCGCUGAUGAGGCUGCUUUGGGAAACGGACGGCGGAGAUGGCGGAGGAUCGGCGGAGGAGGAGGGUGGAGAGGGUGUGUACGAGGGAGCUGUGGCUGAACAGAAGGGCGUGUCCCAUUUGCAACCGUCUGAUCCUGGAGAUUCUUGA